CUGGCCUGGGAGAGACGCCGACACAGCAGCUGCAGAGGCUGUACUGCCCCCCACACACACACACCGCACAGCACCUCCGUGAAGUCUAGAGUGGGCAGAGGGGAAGGAUGGGCACUCUGGUCAUCCUAUUCCUGCCCUACAACCCCUCAAAUGGCAAGGCUGCUGCACCCGUCUGGCCCUACAAACACUCCCUCUCUCUCUUCCACAGGCGGCUCUUGAUCCUCCUUCUGGUGACCGUGGUCUGCAGGGUGGAGGGCUCCGUCUACCUCCCUCAGAAGCUCUACGGAGAGGUGACCUCCCCUCUGUAUCCCAAGCCUUACCCCAACGACUUUGAGACGACCACCGUGAUCACAGUCCCCGAGGGGUACAGGGUGAAACUCGUCUUCUGGCAGUUUGACGUGGAGCCUUCCGAGGGCUGUUUCUAUGACUAUGUCAAGAUUUCUGCUGAUAAGAAAACGCUAGGAAGGUUCUGUGGGCAGCUGGAGUCUCCGGGCCUGGGCAACCCCCCGGGAGAGAAGGAGUUCGUGUCUGAGGGGAACAAGAUGCUGCUGACCUUCCACACAGACUUCUCCAAUGAAGAGAAGGGAAACGUCAUGUUCUACAAGGGCUUCCUGGCCUACUACCAGGCUGUAGACCUUGAUGAGUGCGCCCCCCAGCCCAACUCAGUGGAAGAGGAUCCCCAGCCCCGAUGCCAGCACCUGUGUCACAACUACGUGGGGGGCUACUUCUGUUCCUGCCGCCCAGGCUACGAGCUUCAGAAAGACGGACUCUCCUGCCAGGCUGAGUGCAGCAGCGAGCUGUACACGGAGCCUUCAGGCUACGUCUCUAGCCUAGAGUAUCCUCAGCCCUACCCGCCGGAUCUGCGCUGCAACUACAGCAUCCGGGUGGAGCGGGGCCUCACCCUGCACCUCAAGUUCCUGGAUCCUUUCGAAAUCGACGACCACCAGCAAGUACACUGCCCCUACGACCAGCUCCAGAUCUAUGCUAAUGGGAAGAACUUGGGUGAAUUCUGUGGGACGCAAAGACCUCCAGACCUGGACACCAGCGGCAAUGCAGUCGAUCUGCUGUUUUUCACGGAUGAAUCAGGGGACAGCCGAGGCUGGAAACUACACUACACCACUGAAAUCAUCAAGUGCCCGCAACCCAAGACCCUAGAUGAGUUCACCAUCAUCCAGGAUCUGCAGCCCCAGUACCAGUUCCGGGACUACUUCAUUGUCACCUGCAAGCAAGGUUACCAGCUCAUGGAGGGAAACCAGGCGCUGCUGUCCUUUACAGCCGUUUGCCAGGAUGACGGCACGUGGCAUCGCGCCAUGCCCAGGUGCAAGAUCAAGGACUGUGGGCAGCCCCGAAACCUGGCUAACGGGGACUUCCGCUACGUCACCGCAAAAGGCGUGAACACCUACGAAGCCAGAGUGCAGUAUUACUGCCAUGAGCCAUACUACAAGAUGAAGACCAGAGCUGUCAGUAGCGAGUCCGUGCGAGGCGUGUACACCUGCACAGCCCAGGGCAUUUGGAAGAAUGAAGAGGAAGGAGAAAAGAUACCCCGAUGUCUGCCAGUGUGUGGGAAGCCUGUCCACCCUGUGACACAGAGGCAGCGCAUCAUCGGAGGACAGAAAGCUGCUGCGGGCAACUUCCCCUGGCAGGCGUUCACCAAUAUCCACGGGCGAGGGGGCGGGGCCCUGCUCGGAGACCGCUGGAUCCUCACCGCAGCCCACACCAUCUACCCCAAGGGUCAGCAAAGAGAAAACGGCAGUAGAGAUGUUUUCCUGGGCCACACAGAUGUGUACGAGAUCCAAAGACUGGGACAUCACCCAGUCCGUAGGGUCAUCAUCCACCCAGACUACCGCCAAGAUGAACCUCACAAUUUUGAAGGCGACAUUGCCCUGCUAGAGCUGGAAAACAGCGUCACGCUGGGCCCCAACCUCCUCCCCAUCUGUCUCCCAGACAAUGAGACCUUCUAUGACCAAGGCCUCAUGGGUUAUGUCAGCGGCUUCGGGAUAACGGAAGAUAAGAUAGCUUUUAACCUCAGGUUUGUCCGUCUGCCUGUGGCUAAUCGGGAGGCGUGCCAGAGUUGGCUCCGAGGGAAAAAGAGUAAGGACGUAUUUUCUCAAAAUAUGUUCUGUUCCGGGGACCCAACCAUAAAGCAGGAUGCGUGCCAGGGAGACAGUGGGAGUGUUUUUGCCGUGAGGGACCGCAACCGUGAUAUCUGGGUGGCCACGGGCAUUGUGUCCUGGGGCCUUGGGUGUGGCGAGGGUUACGGCUUCUAUACCAAGUUACUCAGUUACGUUGACUGGAUCAAGAAAGAGAUGGGAGAGGAAAACUGAACCCAGGGUUCACCAGCUCAGAACCCAGUGCGUAUUGUAUUAAAAAAAAAAAGAAAAGAAAAGAAAAAAAAAGAAAAAAAAAGUUACCUAACCAAUUGUUGAUAACCACGAUGAUGCCCAUAUUAAAAUCACAGAUUCAGACAGUGUGUACAAUAAGCUUUUCUACAGUCCCAUCAACAUUCUGGUGUUCUGUUUUGUUUUUUUUGUUUUGUUUUGUUUUCAACAUAGUUUGACUAUGUAGCUCAGGCUGGCCUAAAAUUUACAAUCCUCCUGCCUGCGACUCAGGGUUAAAGCUAACGAUGUUGGUCUGACGAGAUGGCUCCCCAGUUAAGAGUAUGGACUGUUCUUGCAGAAAACAGUUUGAUUUCCGGCACCCAUGUCACAUGGCUCACAACUGCCUCUAACUCCAGCUUCGGCCUUUUCAGACAUCUGCAUAUACCCACACACGUAUACCUAAUUAUUAUUACUUAAUGUGCAUGUAUGUCUCUGUACCAUGUUCAUGCGGUUCAUGCCCACCCACCAAGAACCAGAAGAGGGCACUAGAUCCCGUGAGACUGGAGUUACCCAUGAUUGUGAGCUGCCGUGUAGGUGCUCAGAACCAGCCCUGGUCCUCUGCAAGAGGGGCCAGGGCUCGUAACCGCUGAGCCGCCUCUGCAGCCCAGCCUUCCCUCUUGUUAAGGUAAUUGUUUCGUGUAUUUUGUUACAGUAAUGGAAAGCUCACUACUAUUUUCUUCUGACAAAAGACAACUGAUGAGUCACCAGGUGCUGUGCAUGCCUGUAACGCCAGCAUCCAGAAAGAGGAGGCAGGAAGAGCACAAAUUCUCAGUCAUUCCUGGCUAGACAGUUAGGGCAAGGCCAGCCUAAACCACAUGAAACCUAUUUCAAGGAGUGGGGGGAGGAGAGGAAAGUAAGUUCUAAAGGCAGGCUCUUUGAAACUCAGGAAAAAAAAAAAAAAAAACAGGUAGUGGUGGCACACACCUUUUAAUCCCAGCACUCAGGAGGCAGAGGCAGGUGGAUCUCUUGAGUUUGAGGCCAGCCUGGUCUACAGAGUAAGCUUCAAGAUACCAAGGAUACACAGAGAAACUGGCUCUCAAAAAACAAACAAACAAAAACCAAACAAGCAAACAAAAACAACAAUAACAACAAAAAAGAAAUCACUUAGGAAAUAACUCAAAAAACCUCAGGAAGUCCCUGAAAUUGACCAGAUGAAGCAGGCUUCUCUCCUGAGGCCAUGCAGACCAGCCAAGCUGCUUAGAAGAGGCUCAGCUGAGCAGGCCUGCCUGCACGUCCUGCAGUGAGUCCCAGGGCUCCAGCUGUCAUGAGCUGUCACUCAUGCUGGAGUAGACUUCCAGCAGCGCAGCUGCUUCUGAGUCACUCUUGCUCAAGUGCGCAACCCCCGACCCAUACUCCUAUUAGUAACCCCACUAAACGCAUUAGUUCACCAAGUAAACUUUGAUGAUAGCCGACUUUGGUCUGCCGUUAACUCCCAACCAGGGAGAAUAAAUGUUGGUACCCUCCCAGCUAUAAUAUCUAUCACAUGGGUGGUGUACUUCCCACUUUGAAGGGCCCCAGACCUCGUACCUAAGAACAAGCAGUACAAAGAGAUCUGGAGAGAUGGCUCAGCAGUUAUGAGCACGUGAUGCUCUUGCCUAGGACCUGGGUUCAGUUCUCGGCGCUCAUAGUGUGGCUCACAACCAUCUGUAACUCCAAUUCCAGAGGAUCCGAUGCCCUCUUCCUGCCUCCGUCGGUACCAGGCAUGCAUGUGGUGCACAGACAUACACUCAAAUACACACACACAUAAAACAAAAAUAAAUAAAUUGUUAUUUGAAAAAGGACAAUA